AUGUCUGCUUUUGACUAAAAAGAACAAAACAGUAUGCACUGUCGACACAUAAACACUAUCCAUAUAGCACAUGCAAACCAUCACUGCAGAGCCACAACCAGCAGAUGGACUGACUGUGAGGGGUAACUGAGGGAAAAAAUAAGGGGAGUGACAGUGAAAGAGGAGGAGGAGGAGGGGUGGGUAAAGACGGAGAUACUGAGGUAGAAUCACCGAAGGAGUGUGCAGGACAUGCACUGACAGGCUGAGACAGAGAGCGAGAAAGACGGAGCUAGCAGCACCUGAGAGGCUGCCACUUCAUUAGCAUUAGAAGGAGAGUCGGUCACAGGCGGCCACACCAGGACUCAUGUAGGUUGAACGCUGUUAUCUAUCGCUUGUGGAGCAGCAGGGCAGGCUACAGUGAAGGAGGAGAACAAGGCUGGAACCAAAGCAUAAACAAGAGGCUAAGAAACAUCGCUGCCACCUGACUCAUACGGGGAGUCAGCUUCAUCACUUGCAGCGGCUGUCUGAGCACUGGAGGAGACUGGUGCAGACGGGGAGAGAGCUGCUGAGAUUAUGCGCGGGGCAGAAAGCUCCUGUGGAUUCCCCAUCUUUGGCGGCGGCAGCAGCAACAGUAGAAGCAGGAGCUGUGUCUCUACAGAUAGCUGCAGAGCUAGCUGGAGCUGCAGCAAAACAAGAAGCCCCAACUCCAAAAAUAUUUAUUCACCCAGAGAUGAAGCUAGCAUUUACAGCCAAGGUGUAACAGGAACCAGCUGUCCAUGUUGCCACAGUGUUAAAUGCACCUGUAGCCGCUGCAGUGAAAGCUGCUGCAGUGCUGGUUCAAAAGUGAUCCCAGCAGUGCAGUUAGGUGUAGUUGUAGCAGUAGCAGGUGGGAGCAGUGGCUCAGGACACUGAAUGACCAGUGUGGCUGAUGAAGGCCACCUGGAUCCGCUUGCUGAAACGAGCCAAGGGAGGUCGCGUCAAGAGCUCCGAUGCCUGUGGUUCGGCCGACUCCUACACCAGCCGUCCAUCAGACUCUGAUGUGUCCCUUGAGGAGGAUAAGGAGGCAGUGCGCAGAGAGGCAGAGCAACAGGCUCAGGCACAGCUCGACAAGGCCAAGACCAAACCAGUUGCAUUUGCUGUUCGCACAAAUGUCAGCUACAGCCCAUGUCACGAUGAUGAUGUCCCCGUGCCAGGCAUGGCCAUCUCCUUUGACGCUAAAGACUUCCUCCAUGUCAAAGAGAAAUUCAACAACGACUGGUGGAUAGGACGCCUGGUGAAGGAAGGCUGUGAAAUCGGGUUCAUCCCCAGUCCAGUGAAGCUUGAAAACACUCGUAUACUCCAGGAGCAGAGAGCCAAACAGGGAAAGUUCCAUUCCAGUAAAUUGGGAGCCAACUCAUCUUCUAGUUUAGGUGAAGUGGUUCCUAACUCACGGAAGUCUACUCCUCCUUCGUCUGCCAUUGACAUAGACGCCACAGACUUAGACCCUGAGGACAAUGAGCUUCCAGUCAACCUGCGCUCCCCUAAAGCCAGUCCAAACACUGUCAUGUCACCCCUAGCAAAAGAGAAACGAAUGCCCUUCUUUAAGAAGGCAGAACACAUUCCUCCGUACGACGUUGUGCCUUCCAUGCGGCCCGUGGUUCUGGUUGGUCCGUCACUGAAGGGCUACGAGGUGACAGACAUGAUGCAAAAAGCACUGUUUGACUUUUUGAAACACAGAUUUGAAGGAAGAAUAUCAAUCACUCGCGUCACGGCAGACAUCUCUCUGGCCAAACGCUCAGUCCUGAACAAUCCCAGCAAGCAUGCCAUCAUUGAACGCUCCAACACACGCUCAAACUUGGCUGAAGUCCAGAGUGAGAUUGAGCGGAUUUUUGAACUGGCCCGGACGUUACAGCUGGUAGUUCUGGACGCCGACACCAUCAACCACCCGUCACAGCUGGGAAAGACUUCCCUCGCCCCCAUCAUUGUCUACGUCAAGAUCACCUCUCCAAAGGUGCUGCAGAGGCUCAUCAAGUCUAGAGGCAAGUCUCAGGCCAAACACCUCAAUGUCCAGAUGGUGGCUGCUGACAAGCUGGCUCAGUGCCCUCCUGAGAUGUUUGACAUUAUACUAGAUGAGAACCAGCUGGAGGACGCUUGUGAGCAUAUGGCUGAUUACCUGGAGGCCUACUGGAAAAGCACUCACCCCACCAGCUGCAACCCCCCCAACGCACUGCUAACGAAGCUGCCCACAGCCACCCUGCCCUCCAGCCCAGCCCCGGUCUCCACCGUGCAGGGCAGCAGUGCAGAGCAGAAGGGAGAGAAAGCAUUAGUGGAGAGAAAGGGCUCCAGAGAGGAUCACCAGCACCAUCAUCACCAUCACCACCACCACCAGAGCCAGGACCAGGCUGAUGCUGAUGCAGAGGCUGAGGGGGAGAGGCUUGAGGAGGAGAGGCCUCUGAGAACAGAGGCCUCUAGGAGAGCCCAACACAUCCACCACCGCUCGUCUUCCACACGGACUGAGCAACACAACCACCAUCACCACCACAGCAACAGUCGAGGCCGGGGACUCUCCCAGCAGGAGACUUUGGACUCGGAAACCCCAGAGAGCAGAGAGAGCCGAGAGAGCAAGGACUCUGCUUAUGUCGAGCCGCGCACUCAGCUCCUCCACCAGGAGGAGGAGGAGGAGGAGGAGGAGGAGGAGGAGGAGGAGGAGGAGGAGGAGGAGGAGGAGGAGGAGGAGGAGGAUGAGGAUGAGGAGGAGGAUGAGGAUGAGGAGGAGGAUGUAGGGGAGGGGCACCCCCAGCAGCAACAGCGUUACGAGCCACUGCCCCACCGGGACCACAACCACCAUCACCACCACCACCAUCACCGCAGUGGAGCGGAUGAGGCCGGCCACAGCACGGGACACCACCGCUCAAAGGAGCGUGAACAGGACCAUAAUGAACGGAACAAGCAGCGCUCGCACCACCACCGGCCGGCACGCGACCACCACCACCACUACUACGACCGGGACAGAGACAGGGACCGCGAAGGGGAGGUGGCUCCUAAAAAGAGGGGUGACGCAGGAGAAUGGGCCAGAGACUCCUACAUUCACCAGUGACUGACCAAAGCCCCCCUAAAGCUCAUUUGGAACUCCUAACUGUUCUGUUCUCCCAUAAUGCUGCUAUACCCUGAAACCACAGCAUCCUAUUUAUGGACUCUUCCUUUGUAAAUGCUGUUGCAUCUUUUUAAAUGACAGGAUUUUGAUUACAUAGAUACAAAUAUAAAUAUAUAAAUAUAUGUAUGUGUGUAUCUAUGCAUAGACGUUGUUUAUGUGUGGAUAUGCAUGAAUAUUCUCAAAUAUGCAUAUUUUAAACCUGUGUUUGAUAAAGCAUGACACAAAAGCAGAAUUUUGUUUCUGUACUGAGCUGUGCUUUCUGUGAUUAGCAUUUUUAUUUUGUAUUGUUUUUAUUACUUUUAUUUCCCUUGCUACCACUUGAAUAAUUUGUUCCAUCAGACUACUGCUAGGGUUGACUGCAACGGUUGACUAACCAAGUUAGUUUGAUGUAUUUGCAGGUCUUUGGUU